GGUUGCUGUACUUUCUUUAUACGUCACUUACAUGUGGCCCGCACUCUCCGCUCUUCUCUUCCUUCUCCUCCGUACAUCCUCUUUCCUUUCUCCAUAUAAACCCAACCACUCCCUUCUUUUUUCCACCCUUCAAUCCAUUCCCUUCCCCCAUUCUCUCUCUUUCUUUUCAGGCCUACCAUUUCAUAUUGAAAAACAAAACAACACAACACAGAUUUUAGUAUCUACUCUGUUGCUGUAUUUCAUUUAUUUGGUACAAGAUGAUGUACGAGCAUCAGCAACGUUUUCAGCAGCCCAUGUCUGUGAAGGUCGAUUUGAGAAAGAAAACCGAGAGAAGGAAAGCCGUAGAGGAAGAGAGGCUUGAAAUAGUAGACUUGAGUGGCAUGUCCUUGGAUUCCCUUCCCAACCCCUCUCUUAAUUUAGCCACCAUUUGCAAGUUGGACCUCUCUAAUAACAAUCUUCAGAAUAUACCAGAGUCCUUAACAGCGAGACUGCUGAACAUGGUGGUGUUGGACGUGCACUCCAACCAGCUUAGGUACCUUCCCAACUCCAUUGGUUGCCUCUCAAAGCUCAAGGUUUUGAAUGUCUCUGGCAACCUCAUCGAAUACCUUCCCAAAACAAUUGAAAAUUGCAGAAGCUUAGAAGAACUGAAUGCGAACUUCAACAAGUUGAUCCAGCUUCCGGAGAACAUAGGGUACGAGCUGAUAAACCUGAAGAAGCUAUCGGUGAACUCUAACAAGCUGGUGUUCCUUCCUCGCUCGACCUCUCAUCUGACCGCUCUGAAGAUUCUGGACGUGCGUUUGAACUGCCUGAGAUCUCUCCCAGAAGAUCUCGAGAACCUGAUAAACCUAGAAACUCUGAAUGUGAGCCAGAACUUCCAGUACCUGGAUUCUCUACCCUACUCGGUGGGGCUCCUCCUAUCCCUGGUGGAACUAGACGUCAGCUACAACAAGAUCAGAUCAUUGCCGGACUCCGUUGGGUGCCUGAAGAAGUUGCACAAGCUGAGCGUGGAAGGGAACCCUCUGAGUUCGCCGCCGCCGGAAGUGAUGGAGCAGGGAUUGCAUGCGGUGAAGGAGUACCUGUGCCAGAAGAUGAACGCGGGCCAUCAGAGCCCCCCGAAGAAGAAGUCGUGGGUGGGGAAGCUGGUGAGGUAUAGCACCUUCAAUGGACUCAACAGCAGAGGUGUGGGCCGCGAGGAACGUGAAUCCUUCAUCAUGCCUGAUUAUAGACCCAUCAAUAGCCUCGCCUCGCCGCGCUACACCGGCUUGUUCUCACCUCGUCGCCUCUUCUCACCCCGCAAUUACUUCAGCGCUUGAGUUCAACGUCGCCGUUUUGCGUUCUUAGUAAGAUCACCAGUUUUGAUUGAUUUCACUGCAUUGUUGUGUUUACGUUCGACCGACUUGGGAACCGUACGUGGUGGGCUGUUCAGACUGUCCAGUAGGUCCCUUUUGCUUCAUGGAUGGACAAGAUCUAUUAGAUUUAGUUCAAGACUAUUAAGCAACUACUGCAUAUAUA